AAAUGCGCGAUGUUUCAAACCUUAUAUGCCAUUAUUUUGUCAUUCUUAAAACGCAUUCGAAUAAAGACAGACGCAAGAUAGAUGCCGCUCAUUCCACUGAGGAACUUUAAAACUCUCUGUUUCCGUUUCAGGUCACACGGCCCCGGAAGAGAAUCAUUAUGGACCAAACAAUUAAAGACGAUGUUGGUGCUGGGGAAAAGAAAAAUGGACAAACCGGAGUUGACCAGAUCAAAAAAUUAGGACCACUUUCGCGCAAUAUUAUUCCUCACAUCCUCAAUUUGUAUUGUUGUGCAGCAACAGGAAGUGACUUUGAAAUAUAUCAUCCUAAUGCAACCUUUGAAGACUUCUAUAUGCGUGCCUAUGGAGUAAAGGAGAUCAAGUCAGUCUUCUAUUCUGUUCCAAAGAUUGUAAGCGAGGGAAAAAUUGUUGAAUAUAGUGUGAAAGAAAAUGAAACUUCCCCUGGCUGUGGAGAGAUACUCAUUGACAACAAGCAAAUCUACAAGUUCCUGGGGAAAACCAUUAAUAUGACAACUUUAAUUGUGCUUCAGGUUGAAAAUGGGAAGAUUAUUCGACAUGAAGACCGGUGGGAUGUGAAGCCAUUUAUGAAUAGGCAUACUGUAAGUGUGCCAUUGCUCGGACGGGUAGCAGAAGGAAUACGGAGGUGUUCUGUGCUGAUGGUACAUGUGAUGAUGGGCUUUGGAAAGGACCCAACCCCCUAAAGCUUAUCAUUUUUUGGGAUUGAUCUCUCUGUCUUUCGUUUCUGAGAACUUUAUUUUUUCUGCUUAGGAUAGAAGAUUUAUCAGUGCCUUUUGGUUGUACCAUUGAAUAUUUAAGCUGUUGCGUUUAUAUAUAUCGAGGAAGCAAUAAUUGUUUGGGGAAUUAAUCGGCAAAACAAAAGUAUAAGAUUUUUCCAAAAAAUGGGGAAAAAAUCGGAUUUACAAAAAACGUAAAAAAUUGCAGAAAAACAAUCAAAGACUACUUUUUUUUA